GCGAAUACAUUAUGUCUGGACGUGGUAAAGGAGGAAAAGCUAAGGGAAAGGCCAAGAGCCGAUCAAGCCGUGCUGGACUUCAAUUCCCAGUUGGUCGUGUUCACCGAUUUUUGCGAAAGGGUAACUAUGCAUCUCGUGUCGGUGCUGGUGCCCCAGUCUACAUGGCUGCCGUACUCGAGUACUUGACUGCUGAAAUCUUGGAGUUGGCUGGUAACGCUGCCCGUGAUAACAAAAAGAGCAGAAUCAUCCCCCGUCACCUUCAACUUGCCAUCCGUAACGAUGAAGAGUUGAACCGUCUUCUCGGAAGUGUGACCAUCGCACAAGGAGGUGUACUACCAAAUAUCCAGGCUGUACUUUUGCCAAAGAAGACCCAGGCCAAAACCAAGUAGAUUUUGUGAACCAUCUUUUCAAACCAAACGGCUCUUUUCAGAGCCACCAUAUUCACUAAAGAGAUUUGGAAGCCGUUAACAGUCUAUUUUUUCAUUCUUCAUUUGACUGACGUACUUAGCCUGCUAUUACAAUUUUUUAUAGCUUUUUAUUAAUUACAGUAUUUGCUCAACAAAAACGUUAACAACAAAGCUCAUAGCAAAAAUUACGUAAAUGUGUAUCGCACAAACGC